AUCAAUAGACGCUAUGACUGGGAACCCUGUGAACGUACGCCGCGGAAGAAUGGUGCUGUCCGAUCUGGAUCAGAUCAAGAAGAAUGAACGCGACCGUCGGCGAAGGUUACGCUUGGAGCAGGUCCGGCAGCAGUCAAAGGAGAUAUCAAAUCGCCUUUUAGAACGCGCCAAGAAGAUAGCGAGGGAAGAGCUUGAUAAAUUGGAGAAAGAUGAAAAGUCCGAGCUCAAGCAGAUGUACGACAGAAAGAUCAUGGACUUGCAACGCAAGUAUCAGGAGGAUUUGGAGGACAUCGGUCAGGCCCAUGUCUCUGCUGCUUUGCAACCGGACGCGAAUGCGAUAAUCGAAGAGGAGGUAAGGAAAGACAGAGCUGCGGCGUUAAAAAGAGGGAAGGAUGCCAUCGAACGCAUGAGGGAAGCGAAACAGACAGAUGGCACGGAAGCGGCUCAUCAGGAAAGAUUGCGCAGAGUCCGAGAGAUAGAAAAUGUAAGGGCUGCAUUGAUAGCCAAACUUCCAAAGCCAUCCGAGGAGAAUGACAGGACGGAGAGAAAUCCUUCUCAGUGUGUAAAUAAGGAAAUUAUGCACGAGGUGUUAAGCCCGAGAAGAAAGAGCAAAAAGGUUCUUCCAAAAAAAUCGCCCAGGACAAAGAAACCUAAUUUGAAGGAGCAACAUCAGAAAGCAUUGUCGCCGAAACCAGGGCCUUCGGAAUUACAAAGGAAAUCCGCUGCUCAGUCCUAUGAGUUAUCCUCGAAGAAGAAAGCAGACAAAUAUGCACUUGAUCAUGACAUCGAUCAUAUUGAUGAUGCAAGCGACGAUCAAGUACCGCGAAGAACAGUGCCGACCAUGAGCACUAUUCCGACUAAGAUUGACAAAACAAUGAGGUACAAUCCCGAGGAUUACACACACGACACAUCGGAUGAUUCGAGCAGCAUCAGUAGUAGCUCUAGUAGUAGUUCCAGUUCAACCAGCGACGAUUUGUCGUAUGUUUCCGAUACCGUCGAGCAAACUACAUGCAACAAGAUUCCGAAGACUUCAGUUUUAACGGAGAACAAAGUACGAUCACAAUACGAUCACAGCGUGCAUCAGAGAUUUAAUUAUGACAGGCCUGUUGCUAUGGUCGAAAGAACCGACAUCAGAAGUGAGCCAAGCGCGAUGGAAGUGGCGCAAGCAAUGAAUGCAGAGAAUGCAGAGAGGCAUGUAUCUAAAGGUUGUAAAUCAAGUGCCCAACGUCGCGGCGAGGAUGCGAUUUUGCGGGAGAAAGUACGGAGGGAUUAUCAGACGCUCCUGCAGAAUCUGGAUCAUCUCGCGCAGGAGGAACGCAAGCUGAAAGCUAGUCAAAUCCCAUCCGCGGAAGAAGACACGCACAUGCGAUUGCAUCAGAGAAGUAAAUGCCAAGAGGAACAUCAAAAGAAGUUAAACCGCGCAGUUAAAAGGGUCGUCUGUCCGGGCAGUACGCCGACUCAGUGCGCUCGUCUCACGGAGAGAAUCAUUACUUUGCCAAUGCAAAAGAAAGACGACGUGCGCGAUGACGUACCUCAUUCCACGUGGCAAGAUCCUCAUCUCAUUGAGGAGCAAGCGGACGUUUGUUACACACCGCUGGAUAGAGAUAGCGAGAUGUCGCGCGAAGAACAAAUAUUGGACAUGCUGAGGAAAGUUGAAAGACAAAAGAGAUUGUUGUUGCAAGAAUUUGGCGCCAGUUUGCCGGACAAUAUAUUUAAUGCCAGCAUGAAGCCGCUGUUCGAAGAUACAACGCCGACAAGAGCACCGGAAGCUGACACUCGUCCCACCAAGCCUUUGUCACCUGAAAUCAAAGUCAUAAAUAUGUCCAGCAGCGACGAAUGUAUUAGGAAAGAGCGCAGGGCGAAGAGACCGGAUAAAUCGCCUGUGAAAAAGAUUGAGAUUGCAAUUCAGACAGCACUGAAAGAAACGAGUCCAGCGGAGAACAAGAGUGUACAAGUGGAACUACCUCAAGAAGACGUGCCACGUUCCAGCAGAGAUGCAACCGAACGAAUACCGCAUCCAAUCGAGCCAAAAAUUACCAUCAUCACGCCAGAGACGGACGAUAGUAGCAACGACUCGACGAGCUCUGAGAUCAGUGGUAUGGUCAUUGAAAUUGACAACAAGGAAGUAAUUGUAACGCCCAAGAAGAAGAGAAGCAGCGUGAGAGUAUCGAAGCGAUCGUCACAUCGAGUUUAUCAGAAGAUUCGCUCGACAUCCGUCAGCUCUAAAGCGACGUCACCCGUGAAGAGGUUCUCGCGAUCUCAGUCGGGCUCUCGUCUGACCCCUCAGAAGAAGACGAGAUGUUUGGACACGCCCGAUACGGCUACCCGAAAAGUUGACAUACACGUGAGCAGAUCUGCUCAAGUUGACGACGAGACGGAUCCGUCGCAGGAAACGAGAGUGUCGAUAGACGCCAGCGCGGAAAGCUCGCAGACGUUUUCAGGCGUGAACGAUCGAGACGAGUCUACGGACAAGCCGUAUCGGGUUCGGACGCGGAUGAAACGGUGGAUUCGGAUAAAGGACACUUCGGACACGUCAACGUCGUUCGCAAGUCCACCGCCAAUAAGGCCUAGAUCGAUAUUCGACGCUCUGACUAACGUCACGCCGAUCUUGGAGAUGCUAGACUCCCCGGCACCCGAAUUAAGAAGAUUACAGCAGGAGAUCAGCCCCGUUUCCACACCGGAAACUCCCUCGCCGCGUACAAUGAUGAUGCCGUCGAACAUUCCACACCGCGAUAGGAUUAGCAGGAUGCUUAGAUUUAGCUUAAAUGAUUUUCAGGCUGAUAACAGUACUGUGAUGUCGUCGACGCAACGCGAUCAGUCCACCUUAACAGAUCCAUCAGAUAUUUGUCAGCAGAGAUCUGAAGCGUCAAGACGUAUAUCUACUUCGCAGGAACCAUCAUCCAGAGUCUGCAUCUGCAAAAAUCCCCAAUGUAAAUUGUUACAUAUGAAGCUUGACGAUAUUCACGAUUAUGCUUUGAAGAAUUGUCCUGAAAUAUUGCAAAAAUACGAAGACCUGCAAAACUUGUGUGCGGAAAGAAUAGCAUCGUUAACCGACCUCAUCGAGAAAGUACGAAAUGAACAGAAAGAUAUGGAUUUUUCACUAAUCAGCGAUGAAACUAGCUUAAUGCAGUCAUCUACGCCAAAACCAGCACGUAAUGAUGCGCAAGCAGUACGUAGAUUGAUUGACAGUAUAGAAGCAAUUCAUGGCCAACUCGCGAGAACUCUUCUUGAAUCACAAAGAAUUAUGCGUGGAAACGAAGCAACUUCGAAGGACGAAGCCUCAUGCGAUGCGGAAAUCCAGGCGAUCACUUCCACUCCCCGAAGUAAAUUAGUAGAUACUGUUAAGGCACAGGAAUCCAAAGUAGUAGAGGGCAGAGCUAUGCCAAAGAUUAUAAGCAAUGAAAGAGUUAAUAUACAGCUUAAUCGAUUUAAAAUGCAGCCAAAACCUCAAGCAACGUCGGCAACAAAAACGUUGGAACGUAACUCUUGGCCGCCAUGUACACUUCCUCUUCCCGAAGAAGAGAUAAUAGAGAAAUUAUCGAAAGAAAUUUUAGAACAGAGUAAAAAUUUGGAAAAAGCAAGCACCGCCUUUGCAGCCUCAAAAGAAAAUGAUGAAACACAGCAAAAAGUGUCGUCUUUUAAGGAUCUUAAUUUGAAAAAGAGUGCCUUAUUAGAACAUGAAAAGGACAAUAGUGCUAAAAAGGAAUUUAUUUCUACUCCAGAGACAGCAAAAGAAAACAGUUUUGUUCCUAUAUUAACUGGCAUUCCCAAAAUAUUGCGCAAUUAUGGAAAUGUGACGUCAAUAAGUGCAAGGCCUAAACCCCCUGUUACAUUGUUAAAUGGACUAUACAGACCAGAAUUAGAAUCAUCAGGACAUGAAUUAUCAACGAUAGUGGAAUUUGAUACAACAGAUGCAGUUAACAAAAGUAGCAAGAGCCCAGCAAAGUCUAAGCCGUCUGUUCAUGUGGCGCCUUUACCUGUUCAGAAUCAAAAUUCCUCGAAGAAAUCGACGGAACCGUCAUCCGGUAUAAAACAUUCUGCCGAAAAGCUAUCUUUUGCACAGAAAUCACAAGAAACCACGUCUGUUUGUAAUUCUUCUGAAAAAUUAAAAAAUAUGGCCGAUUGCAUUACGGAAACGAGAAUCGAAGCUGAGCGGGAGUAUAUGCUUGAAAAAUCUAAUAAACAGUUACAGUGUAACACAACUACCGAAGACCCUGUUUCUCAAGCGAAAGAUAAACUCGGUUCUUCCAUAAGUACCGAUCUUAAUAAUCCGCUUAAAGAAAGUAAACAUAAAACGACGUCCACUAGUGCGUACAGUUUUUCCGGAUUAUCUGGUAUUUCCGAAAUAACGAGUUCCCCAUCGUCGGACAUAUUGAAGCAUACCUCAUCGCCGGAAGAGAUGGAAACGGCUUUAAAAAAACUGGGUUUGGGCUGGGCGGUUACGACGUUGAAGAAAACUCGAGAAGCAAGUGCCCUUAGUUCGUCCUCAAAUUCGGACGUUACGCCAAUAAAUACAGCUAGAAGGAUGAUCUCUCCCACUAAGAAGCAGUACGAUUCAAAUGGCUUUCCGGAUAUCAGCGACGUAUCGUCGAUCUCGAUCAAGGAAGCUAGCAAGAGUACCGAACAAGCUGUGCUCUUGAAAGGAAGGACUUCCACGCCUAAAUUCCAAAAUUCGAAUUCCAACAGCGAGAGGUCCAGUACUACAAAUACAUCCGAGAGCGUUCAAGAUCCAAGUGACAGUUUAACUGUACCUAAUGUGUCACUUACAAAAACAAAAUCUGAUAAUAAGCAAUUACAAAGUCCUUGACAGAAAGUGUUUUAUAUGUAUAAUUUUAUUGUUUACCUAUUUAGAGAUAUAUACUAUUAUAUUUGAUUUUUUUUUAUAAGGAAUUAGUCGUAAAAUAAGAUCUACUCUUAAUAUAUAUGGGACCAUUUUUGAACGUUGACGUAAAUAAUUUUUAUUUUAAUACAUAAUUGUAAUAAAUAGUACGCUCAUGCUUUUGUUAUGCAAGUAGCUCAAAAGAGAAUCAAAUUAUUCCUAAAUAUCACAAAAAUCCAUAAAAUAUUAGGCUUUAUCUUUAGAUAUAUUGUCUGGGUUGCCCUGAAUUGUAUAAGUAUAAUAAGAAAAUGUUAUAACUAAUAUAUUACAUCUUAAUAUGUUAUCAUUAUUUUAUAGAAAGUUUAUAUUCAAACUUUCCAUUUUACAUCUUAUUCGAAAAAUAAUUAUAUUUCUAGAAACGAAACUAUUAUUGGUUCUAUCGGUUUUAUAUUAUGAUUACAAAUGGAUGAGAUUCAAUUGAACGAGAAUUGAAUAUCGCGAAUUAUGACUAUCGUGUUUAUAUAUAUUGACAAGCUUUUUCUAAUAGAGUUUAAGCGUGAGAUUACACACAUUGAAAUAUCAUGUUACAAGGAAUACAUACAUAAAAUUAAAAGACUGACGGCGUAAAAAAUUCUAAACAAAUGAUUUUUAAGAAAUGUAUGAUUUGUAAAAUAGAGAAGCUAUGUGAGAUAACCUUUAUAAGAAACAGAAGAUAUAUAAAGUGAUAUAUAUGAGAUAUGCACAUAUCUGCAUUUCUCUUGUUUUAUACUUUUUUAAAUAAAAAAUAUAUAUAUCCCAGA